AUGAAUGUGAAGGAGUCUACUACUGAUUAUACUUCAUGUCCUACGCCAUCUCAAGAAGUCUGCAAGUUUGUGAUAAAAUUGGAAAGCGAUUUCGAGGGUGAUGUUUAUUUUUACUAUGCGUUAGACAAUUAUUUUCAAAAUCAUCGGCGAUAUAUGAAAAGUCGUAGUGAUAGCCAACUUCUCGGUGAUCUUCAAAAUGUGGCUGAUUGUACACCAUAUGCCUAUAUGAAUACGUCAUUAGGCCUCAAAGUUAUUGCUCCAUGUGGUGCAGUUGCUAAUUCUAUGUUUAAUGAUACGUUUUCACUGUAUCGUAAUGAAAGUGCAGAUCCGGUGCCUUGGACAUACAGAGGUGUUGUUUGGGAUGUAGACAAAAAUAAAAGGUAUAGAAACCCACCUGGAAAAAACCUCAAACAAGCUUUUGCGAAAACCGUAAAACCACCUAACUGGCAGAAGGCAAUAUACGAGUUAGAUCCUUAUGACUCUGACAAUAAUGGGUUUUUGAAUACAGACUUUAUAAUAUGGAUGAGGACAGCAGCUCUACCUGACUUUAGGAAGCUAUAUCGUAUUUUAGUUCGUAAUAAGGACAAAGUUUACGAAAAUGGUUUACCUUCUGGAACUUACCAUCUUAUUGUCAAAAGUAAUUAUCCGGUGACAGUAUUUGGCGGUCGUAAGUAUUUUAUCAUUAGCACGACAUCGUGGGCAGGUGGUAAGAACUCAUUUUUGGGCAUUACAUACAUUAUUGUUGGUAGUAUAUGUAUCGCGUUAGGUGCAAUUUUCUUGCUGAUACAUCUCAAAUUCGGCACAUUGUAA